AUGAAUAACCAAUGUAGGUUACCUUAUUACACAGCCCAGAGCAGCCCUGCGAUGGGCAUGUUUAAUUCCUCUAUGGGGAAACUUCAGCAACAACUGUACAAAGGGGAGUAUACAAUAUUCAGGUAUGCACCAAUGUUUGAGAGUGACUUCAUCCAAAUCAGCAAAAGAGGAGAAGUGAUUGAUGUGCACAACCAUGCUCGAAUGGUGACUGUGGGCAUUGUACGCACCAGCCCCAGCCUCACAUUACCUGAUGUUAUGCUACUGGCCCGCCCAGCUGCUAUUUGUGAAGAUUAUGCCAGAUACACCUUGGUCACCCAGGAAAGAGAUAAGAAGCACACACAGACAUUGGAACUCACCAGGCUGCUUCCCUUGAAGUUUGUAAAGAUAACCAUCCACAACAAUUACAAACAACAGCUCCGCCUAAAGCUUGCCACUGGCCGUUCUUUUUACCUUCAACUCUGUCCCCCCUCAAAUACACGAGAAGAUCUAUUUGUUCACUGGGAAAACCUUGUUUACACCCUGAGACCACCAGUGGAGGCGUACAGCCGUAGCCAGGCCAUGCUGGCCGGGGAAACACUAGACAUAGCUGUGUUUGAAAAAGAAGACGACAGUUCAGCAGCACAUGCUAUGGAGUAUUUUGGAAGAUAUAAAGAGCAAAUCAGCAUCAGUAGCCUUCAGAUGAACCCUGACCUGUUUAGGCUCACCUAUUUUGGGUAUUCUAGGGAAGAAUGA